CAUAACCACUCAAACCUUGAUUGUGUUGUUUACUGGUCUAAACCAGAGAAGGGAGUAUUGUUUUUUGGAAAAUGGAAGACAUCUUGACCGAAAUACCCCCACCUUCUAGAUUCUUCUUGGAAGAUCUAAACAAUUUUGCACCUCGUUCACCCCCUCUUCCAUCUCCAUUCCUCUUGUUUGCCACACCUAACCCUGAGAAAUAUUCUCACCCUUCACUAUUGAUAAUUGGAAUGUCUUUCCCCUCCACUCACUUCUUUCACCAUGUCUCUUCCAAAACCUUAGUGGGAACACUUAUCCUACCGGAGACACUAUUAUCCGGAAACUCAAUCGUUCCCUCUCUCAAGGACAAAUCCUGCAACAUAUAUGCUUUACAUCAUGCUGAUAAAUUGGUCAUGGUAGCUUCUGUCCAAUAUCCUAUCAAUGCAGAGAGAUCUCAUGCAGUGGCAAAGCUGCUUGUUGGGCAAAAGAUCAAACCAGACCGGGUUUUGGUUUUGGAUACGAUUCAGAGUCGUAACUUUAGAGGUAAACUUCCACCAGACGAAACUCUUAUGUUCAAGUUAGAGUCUUCAUUGGAGCGAAAAGAUUCAGAGUUGGUCAAGGGUUUAGACUAUUUCCCAUCAGGAAGUGUGGUGGACGGGCUGGCAGCUGCACUAUUGGGCCGCUGUGAGAUGGAUAAAAUAAGAGGAACAGUGUGGGUUUCCUGGCCAGAAACUGGUGGUCCUGUGACAUUGGCUGUGAAAUCUCAUCUGCUCAAGAAUUAUUUACCAGGAAUGGAUCAUACCAGUGCUGAUAAGGGAAAGAGUGACUUUUCUUGGACUGGGCGUACUAAAGAUUAUCUUCUUGACUCUGAUAUGUACACAUGAUAUUUAGUCUCUUAAAAGGAACAAUUAAAAUCUUAUUCAUAUAUUACCAAUGUCUGGUCGGAGAUGUUUAAGUCCAGUUUGUUUGGUAUGUUAUGUUUUUAUGUUUGAUUGGUCUAGUUUGUUCUGAUCUGGUCUGUUUAAGUUUGGUCUAAAUUGAUUUGUUUUGGUUUGGUUUGGUAGAUGUAUGGUGUAUGUGUGUUUUACAAUUAUCAAAAUCUUGUCUGAUUUGUUUAUUCUGGUUAUCUGGUAUAUAUGGUCUGUUUUAGUCCAGUUUUGGAUUGAAACCAGUCACGGAAAACUAUCAAGUGAACAAGUUCUUAUAUUUCAGUAGUUGUCUUCAUGUUACUCAACUUGCCAAAAUUAAGCCUCUGUUUGCAAAGAUGAUAUUUAUAUGUUUGGC